AACUUGCAGGAAAGGUAAUGAAAAGUAUUCACCCGACUACAAAAUAUGGUUAACUAUAUGGCAAUAACCUAUAAUCAAGUUGUUGGUUUAGACAUGGUCAAAGGGAUGUUAAGACAUUUGCUUUUAGCAGUGCUUAACAGUUUUGUUCUAAUAAUUCUGAUACAUGCACAAGAUCAACCAGGCUUCAUUAACAUAGAUUGUGGGUUACCCGAAAAUUCUAGCUAUCCUGAAAAUGAAACGACUCUGACUUACAUGUCAGAUGCAGCCUUCAUUGACACUGGCAUCAGCAUGAAAAUAUCAUCGGAAUUCGUAACGGAUAGCCUUCGGCAACCAUUCAAGCAUGUCAGAAGCUUUCCUCAAGGAAUCAGAAGCUGUUACAGUAUAGAAGUCAGCAGAGGUAAUAAGUACUUGAUUAGAGCAUUUUUCAUGUAUGGAAAUUAUGAUUCCCAACGUAAAGUGCCAGAGUUUGAGCUGCAUCUUGGAGCUAAUUUGUGGGAAACCAUUAAACUAUCUGAUGCAUCUACUUGGCGAAUGGCGGAGAUCAUACAUGUACCACUGUCAAAUUUUAUAUCUGUCUGUCUAGUGAACACAGGAUUUGGGACACCCUUCAUAUCAGCAAUAGAAUUAAGGCCUUUGAGAAAUACUAUCUAUGAAAUUCAAUCUGGAUCACUGGAACUCCAAUGGCGGUUUGAUUUUGCUUCAUUAACUGAUCAAAUAUUGAGGUAUAAAAUAGAUGAAUAUGAUCGUCUCUGGUGGCCUUACAAUUUAGAAAACUGGGCUCUGUUGAAUUCCUCAUUUUCCAUUGACUCCAAAAAUAAUGAUUUCAAACCACCAUCAAUUGUCAUGGAAACUGCUGCACAGAUGAAAAACAACAGUAAGCCCUUAAGUUUAACUUUUCUAACCAUUAAACAGACAGACAAAUUUUAUGUGUACAUGUACUUUGCUGAAGUUGAAAAGCUCCAAGCAAACCAGUUCAGACAGUUUAACAUAUCUCUGAAUGGACGACAUUGGUCUGGACCUCAUUCUCCUGCUUAUUUAGAAGCAACUACUGUCUAUAAAACAACACCAUUGACAGGCGACUCAGAAUACCAGUUUUUAAUAUACAAAGCCCAAAAUUCAUCACUUCCACCAAUCAUCAAUGCCAUUGAGGUAUACAAGCUCAAUGAACUCCCACAACUAGAAACAAACCAAGAUGAUGUUGAUGCCGUUAAAAAUAUCAAAUCAACAAAUCAAAUUAAGAGAAAUUGGCAAGGAGAUCCUUGUUCUCCUGAAGCUUACUUGUGGGAUGGUCUUAACUGCAGUUACAAUGGUUCACCUAGAAUAAUAUCCUUGAAUUUGUCCUCAAGUGGAUUGACAGGGAACAUAACACUUUACAUAUCAAAUCUGUCAAUGUUACAAAUCUUGGAUUUGUCCAACAAUAAUUUAGUGGGAGAAGUGCCUAGUUUUCUGUCCAAACUGCCACUCUUGAGGGUCCUAAAUUUGAAGAAAAACAAACUCAUAGGUUCAGUUCCAGUUGAACUCAUCCAAAGAUCAAAGAAUGGUUCUCUAAUACUGAGUGUUGGGGGAAAUCCAGAUCUUUGUUCAUCAAUUUCAUGUGACAAUAAAAACACGAAACUUGUUGCUUCAGUGGUUGCAUCUGUGGUUACAUCAUUCGUCCUCGUUACUGCCUUGGCCGUCUUCUGGUUUCUUAAAAGGCGAAAGCAACAAGUUGCGUUAGCAGGGAAAAUGGAUGGUGAAUUCAAUAGAACAAAUCCGGCAUUAGAGUCGAAGAAUCGACUGUUCACUUACGCUGAGGUCAGGAGGAUUACCGGCAACUUCGAGAGGAUUCUUGGCAGGGGAAAACAUGGAACUGUUUACCGUGGUUACUUAGAUGACACUCCUGUUGCUGUAAAAAUGCUCUCUUUAUUAUCCGUCCAAAGCUACAAGCACUUUCAGGAAGAGGUAAAUCUUCUUCUAGGACUUCACCACAGAAACCUGAUAAAUCUUGUUGGCUAUUGCAAUGAAGGUGGGCUUAUCUAUGAAUACAUGGCUAACGGAAGCCUAGAGGAACUUCUGUCAGACAGCAGCACUAAUUUCUUGAAUUGGGAGGGGAGACUGCGAGUAGCAUUGGAUGCUGCACAAGGACUAGCGUAUCUACAUAAUUAUUGUAAGCCCGCCAUAGUACAUGGAAAUGUGAAGUCCAGUAACAUCUUAAUAAAUGAUGAAUUUCAAGUCAAACUAGCAGAUUUUGGGUUAUCCAGGACCUUUCUAAAUGAUGAAGACGCCAACGUCUUAACCUCUGCUGCUGGGACACCAGGGGACCUCGAUCACGAGUAUUCAGAAUCAAAGAGAUUAAGCGAGAAAACUGAUGUCUAUAGCUUUGGGAUUGUUCUUCUGGAGAUGUUUACAGGCCAACCUGCUAUUUCAAGAACACCUAAGAAGGCUCAUAAUCAUAAAGAUCUAGUUGAACUAGUCGGUUCUAUGGUUGCAAAAGGAGACAUUGCAAAUAUCGUUGAUCCAAGAUUAAAAGGAGACUCUGGCAUUCAAUCUGUCAGGAAAGCUAUAAAGAUAGCAAUGGCUUGCAUAUCAGCAGCUGGCACUGGAAGGCUAACCGUCGAUGAAGUAGUGAUGGAAUUGAAUCAGUGUUUAGCAGUUGAGAUAGCAGAAAACAACAAGGGCCAAGAAAGUGAAGCAAAGGGUUCGAUUGAGAUGAUCACCGUGAAUUUGGAAACUGAUGAAUCUAUCCUUUUAGAAAGUUAUCAGUUUCACUCUAGGAAGUCAACUGGGUCAUGACUUAAUUCUUGAGAAGAAAGAAUAUCCGGAAAUUAGCAUAGUAAAU